AUGACCAAAGGAAAGACCAUAGAGGACAUAGUUAACGGAGCUGAAAAGCUCACGGAUGCUAAUGCUAUCAAAGCAUACUUUAUGACAAUAGUAUCAGCUCAACAAAAGGAAAUACAAAAAACAAAAUAUAUGGUAACAGAUUUUAGGACAAUACAUAAUUUUGAUGACCUGUAUGAGAAAAAAACUUCAAUCAAUGCACUUAUCGAUCCAGUGAUCAAUUGUGAAAUACUGCACCUCAAAAGGCUGCUAAAUGAUAAAAAUGAAGAAAUCAGAGCAGCAAAUCAAGCCAUGCAGGCACAAAACUAUAACCCACAAAGUGCUAUAGGAACAACAUUACUAGAAAGAUGCAAACUACUCAUCGCAGAAAAUGAACAACUUGGAAAAAUUGUAAUCGAAGGAAGGGUACAACCACUCACACUAGACCUUUAUAAAGAGAGACAGGCAAAAGAUAUACUCAAACAACAGGUUAAAGCGUUAUACCAGUACAAUGAAGAGCUGGAAACCGAAACUGAGCUAUUGACGAAAAAGGUCAAAGAAAUGAAACAAGAAAUCGCAACACUAAAAAAAAAUAAUGAAGAAAUGAAUCAAUUAAUCAAAAAGAAAAGAACACCAUCGCCAAAUUAUAAAUCAAGACAUAAUUCACCAAGUGAAAAACAAAGGGAAGAUAAACGACGAUAUGAUGAAAAGUUAAAACGAGAUGAGAAAGAUAAAAGAGAUGAAAGGACACGAAAAAUUGAUAAACAUGAAGAUGAAUGGAGAGAUAGUAAACACAGCAGCUCGAAGAAGGAUGAAAAAUAUGAUAGUGAAAAAAAAACAUCAAAAUAUGAUAACAACAAAGAUAACGAAACUAAUAAAAAAUAUGAUAACAAAAGAGAAUCAAGACAUAGUCUAACAAGAAAAGAAGAUAAAACACGCAGAAAUGAUUCAAGAUCAAGAACAUCAGCAAAACGAUAUAGAGAUGAUUCAAGGGGAAGAAUGUCACCGUAUCGCAGUAGGAGCCCGAAAUCAGUAAGGUCAUCACGAAAAUAUUAA